CAACUAUGGAACAAAGGUAAUUCGUCAUAAGAUACUGUACAGGUUAACUUCUUUGUAAAGACCUUUUUUCUCUUUCAUUUGCUUUUGGUAUGAAGGUGUAGUUGGAUGCAGGCUCUGGCAAAAUUAAUUGCAGUCUGUGGUCCUUAUAAUCGGAUGACUGCUGGAGCCUACAGUCUUUUAGCUGUUGUUCUCUACCAUACUGGUGACCUUAAUUAGGUAGCUUUCAGAUAUUUGUGUCACUGAAGGCCAUGGUUCUUAUGAUAUGGACUUAUGGAGUAUCUUACGAUCUGUUAUGUGCCAUGGUUCUCUCUUUUCUGAUAUCUUAAAAGGAACCUUGUUAAAUGGUCUAUUUGAGUAAAAUUGAGCAGAUCAAUUAUGUUUUUACCAAUCCAAUGUCAAAAAUACACCAUUAUGGACAAUUUAAAUUUGCCAAGUCCAACGAUCUGAAAUUUGGAGAAUUGUAAUGUAAAGUUUGUGUCAUGGGUGAUUAUGUUCCGAGUGAUUGAAACCGUUUUUUGUAAUUCAUAUUUCAUAAUAUUGACAUGUAAUUCUGUUGGAAAUUUAGUUGGUAGCUAAUUUAUGCCUUGAAUAAGUGCAUGCAGGACCAUUAGUGGGUCAUGAGGUUGAAACAGAUCAAAGAGCGAUAAACCACAGUUCAAUAUUUUAAUACAGCAUUUGUGUUCCUGACUUGUGUCCUCUUUUAGUAGAUCAAUGUCUAAUUCUAAUUGGAUUUAUCUGUUUUUUAAUGGCUUUUGCAAAGAUCUGAAUCGAGUUAAACCAUGAAACAGUAUUCUACCACUAUGGUUUCUUACGCUAAGAUGAAUAUUAUAAUAUGCUAUAUGGUGUUUUUUACUAUUUAAAAUUUUAUAUAUCACUUCAAUUAUUAGGGAUGACUUUUAGGAACUUUCUGUUAUAAAUUUUGAACCUGUGCUCCUGUCUUUGGCUGGGAUUAUACUAAAUUAUUGCAACUUUUAGGCCACAACUUAUCAGCAGAAGGCAUUGGACAUAAAUGAGAGGGAGCUUGGAUUGGAUCAUCCAGAUACAAUGAAGAGCUACGGCGACCUAGCUGUUUUUUACUACAGGCUUCAACAUACUGAAUUGGCUCUAAAGUAUGUGAAACGUGCGUUGUAUCUUGUGCAUCUUACUUGUGGACCAUCUCAUCCAAACACAGCUGCUACAUAUAUUAAUGUGGCUAUGAUGGAGGAAGGCCUGGGAAAUAUACAUGUGGCACUUAGAUAUCUUCAUAAAGCUUUGAAAUGCAAUCAGAAGUUGCUUGGUCCUGACCACAUUCAGACCGCAGCAAGUUACCAUGCGAUAGCUAUUGCACUAUCCUUGAUGGAAGCAUAUCCUUUGAGUGUUCAACAUGAGCAAACAACAUUACAAAUACUUAGAGCAAAGCUUGGUCCAGAUGACUUGCGUACUCAGGAUGCUGCUGCCUGGCUUGAGUACUUUGAGUCAAAGGCUAUUGAGCAGCAAGAAGCUGCUCGAAAUGGUACGCGGAAGCCUGAUGCAUCUAUUGCCAGCAAAGGCCACCUGAGAUGUGCCAACUGAAUUUUCUACUUCCACUAAAAUGAUGAAUAUCCUAUGCCUGAUCUCCUUGAUUUCAUUGAUUCCAACCAAGAUGGUAGAGGAAGAGAUGCUGAAUCCCUGAAGAGGAAGAAUCUGGGUUUAAUGGUAUGUUGAUAAGCCUUUAUCUUGUUUAAAUACUUCUGAGAAUCUAAUUGUGUAUUUAUGUUUGGUCAUGUUGGCUUACAUGUUUAAUAUAUCCGCUUGCUACCUGAAUGAUUUUUUAAGUGGUAGAUCGAAUAAAUGUCAAAGACAACAUUUAUAGAGCCAAUAAUUUCAUGCUAACUUUGGUGGUGAAUUAGGUCUUAGGUAGUAUAUAGUUUAACAGAAUAACCUAAUUUAUAGCAAAUAUCAAGUUAGUCACUUGAAAUAAUUCAACUUGUACUUAAUUUUUGCAUCUAAAUUAGUGGUAAACUGAAUAAAUUUUGAACUUAACACUCAUAGAGCCAAUUGUUUCAUGUAAAUAUUGGCAAUAAAUCAGGUCUAACAUAAUAUAGUGAGCAAACUAUGCUAAUUUAUAACAAGCAACUAACAAGUUACUCACUUAAAAUUUUUCAAAUUGUACUUAGUUUUUACAGCUCUUGCUGCCUGCUACCAAUCACUUGAUUAUAGGCAUGCAUUUAUUUUACCUUGUCUGCCCUGCUUCUGGUUCAAGAAGAUACUGCCUUAUUGCUAUAUAACCUGUCCAAGUAUUUGAAAGAGAGUCCAACUGAACCUAGAAAACAGAAGUAGAUCCUCACUCUUAAUUGUUGUGCAUGUGGAUAAUCAAAAUACUCAAGCUUUAUGUAUCAGUACUAGAAAAAUAUUUUUUGAGAAACAUGUCCUACAUCCAGCUAGUCUUCAAAAUCAUGAUGUUAAAUGAGAAUUCGCUGCAAAGGCCAUACUGUUUUUGCAUAACAGUGUCCUUUAGGUAUUUUUUAUUGGUUAUGAACAAUAUUUUCAUAGUUUCAGAAUUCUUUUAGUGUUUGAUACUUAAUUGCAACACAAACCAACUUAUAUUAACUAGAUGCUUGUGCACUCUUUAAUUAAAAUCAAAAUGUAUUCCAGAUUAUUUAUAGUAUUUAAAAAUAUAUAUUUUUGUGUUACUGGGCAGUUUUUCUCUCUGUACUAAGAUGCUAAUGUAGUUGCUGAAAGAAAUUGAUGAUGAAUCAGACACUUAACCUAUAAAUGGAGCCAAUAAAAAGUAUUGAACACCAACCCAUUAACUUCUAUGAAUGGAGGGCGGUGUUCUAAUACCAAUAAUAAACAACACCCAACACUUUCGACGAAUACUACGAUGCCAGUAUUCUCAAGCUCAUGAACAAAUAGGCACC